AUGAAACUCACUGGGAUUGUCUGCAUCCACGAGCAGUAUGGAGGUUUCAACAUGGAGGAGAAAUUGUUACAUGUGUCUGCUAAUAGCAGACAGCAUUCCACUGAGGGAAAACAUACGAGUGGAGUAGCAACACCCUGGCACCAAGCCUCUAUCCCCAAAGUGAAUGGAUAUGCUGGAGCACUGAAUGAAAACAGGAUGAGAGCUGUGGUGACAGGAGGCGGAGGCUAUGUUGGAUGCAAGCUGGGAUGUACUCUUGCCAGCAGAGGAGCUUCUGUUGUUCUGUAUGACAUACAAAAGCCUACCUGGGAAAUCCCCAAUGGAGUAGUGUUUAUCCAGGCGGACGUCAGGGACUAUGAUGCCCUAUUUGCAGCCUUUGAAGGGGCUGACUGUGUGUUUCAUGUAGCUUCCUAUGGAAUGUCAGGAAGAGAGCAAUUGCACAGAGAAGAGAUUGAAACUGUAAAUAUCCAUGGAACAAGGUUCGUCAUUGAUGCCUGCAAGCAAAGGAACAUUGCUAGAUUGGUAUACACCAGUACAGUAAAUGUGGUGUUCGGAGGGCUUCCUAUUGAAGAUGGUGAUGAGGAAACUGUGCCAUAUUUUCCAGUUGAAAAGCAUGUUGAUCAUUAUUCCAGAACCAAAUCAAUUGCAGAACAAAUGGUACUAGCAGCUAAUGGAACUCCACUGGCAGGAGGUGGAAUACUCUAUACAUGUGCUCUUCGUCCACCAGGAAUCUAUGGACCAGAAGAGCAAAGACACUUGCCAAGGCUAGCAAAGAAUAUCAAGAGAGGGUUACUUAACUUCAGGUUUGGGGAUUCUUCUGCUAAAAUGAACUGGGUGCAUGCAGAGAAUCUCAUACAAGCUCAAAUUCUAGCUGCUGAUGCUCUCACCCCUGGAAAGAACUACAUUGCUAGUGGCCAGGCGUAUUUCAUUAAUGAUGGCGAAAAGUUCAACCUUUUUGAAUGGCUAACUCCACUUUUUGAAAGAUUAGGCUGCAGUACGCCAUGGAUACGUAUUCCUACUUCCUUAGUUUAUGCAUCAGCCUUGGUAAUGGAAUACCUUUAUCUGAUGCUGAAACCAUGUGUUGAACUGUCCCCACUGCUGACCAGAAAUGAGGUACUCAACAUUUCUAUAACUCACACAUUUCGGAUAGACAAGGCACGGACUCAGCUGGGGUACAGCCCAGAGAAGUUCACAUUUGCUGAUUCCGUGGACCAUUACCUUAAAACCAAACCAGAAGCCCAGAAUCAUCACAUCUUCUUCAAAGUUUUGCUUUCUUUAGUUGUUAGUUUAAGUUUGAUCUUCUUCUCUUUAAGGUUUGAUGGCCUUUCAGUUUUGCAUUUUUUUAAAGAAACACAACACUGACUUGCACAAACCGCAUGUACUUGGUCACAGGACUGCUCCCCACAUCAUUCUGAACUCCACAACAGUUACUGGCCCCAAUCCAAUAAACAGGCAGUUAUUUUCAUAUUUAAAACCAGUAACAAGUAGCUGUACUUGAGAAAUUAAACUACAAUAAACACAGCCAAAUCACUGAAACACACUGGAGUCAAGACUGUUGCCCCUGUUUAUUUCACACCAAAACCCCUCAACUUUCCAAGUGGAUUGCUGAAGUAAAUGAGAAGCUGCAGAAAGAACAAGAGCUACAGUCAGCCUGCAGUGCUUCAGGGGUGAAGAAACACAGCUGAAGUAAAGAGAAAGGCUGACCACAGCUGCUGCCAUGGCUCACUACCUUCAAGAGCUAUGAACAAGCAAAGGGACUGACAGAACACAUUCCUGUAAAUACCAGCCAUACAGAGAGAGUUCAGUGUGACGUUCCUUUGUGAAUUAGCUGUACCACUGCGUA